CAUUUUGGUUUUUAAGAAAAUAUUAAAAAUCAGAUCUGACUUAUUUCCCAAGAAAAACUCUCCACCGUUGGAUCUUACCCGACCCCUUCGCCACGUUCUUCUCUCUUUUAAAUACACCUCUUCACGGAUCUCACUCACUCACUUAGUCUCUCUCUGCUAAUCUCAUCUUCAAUCUCUCUCUCUCUCUCUCUCGCACAUCACCAUGGCUAACGGUAAGAUCAAGAUCGGAAUCAACGGAUUCGGAAGAAUCGGUCGUUUGGUUGCUAGAGUCGUUCUCCAGAGGGACGAUGUUGAGCUCGUCGCCGUUAACGAUCCCUUCAUCACCACUGAGUACAUGACGUACAUGUUCAAGUACGACAGUGUUCACGGUCAAUGGAAACACCAUGAGCUUAAGGUUAAGGACGAGAAGACUCUUCUCUUCGGUGAGAAGCCUGUCACCGUCUUUGGCAUCAGGAACCCUGAGGAUAUCCCAUGGGGUGAGGCUGGAGCUGACUUCGUUGUUGAGUCCACCGGUGUGUUCACUGACAAGGACAAAGCUGCUGCUCACUUGAAGGGUGGUGCCAAGAAGGUUGUCAUCUCUGCCCCGAGCAAGGACGCUCCCAUGUUUGUUGUUGGUGUCAACGAGCACGAGUACAAGUCCGACCUUGACAUCGUCUCCAACGCUAGUUGCACCACUAACUGCCUUGCCCCUCUUGCCAAGGUUAUCAACGACAGGUUCGGAAUUGUUGAGGGUCUUAUGACCACCGUGCACUCCAUCACCGCUACUCAGAAGACUGUUGAUGGACCAUCAAUGAAGGACUGGAGAGGUGGAAGAGCCGCUUCGUUCAACAUCAUUCCCAGCAGCACCGGAGCUGCCAAGGCUGUCGGAAAGGUGCUUCCACAGCUUAACGGAAAGUUGACAGGAAUGUCAUUCCGUGUCCCCACCGUUGAUGUCUCAGUUGUUGACCUCACGGUUAGACUCGAGAAAUCUGCAACUUACGACCAGAUCAAGAAGGCUAUCAAGGAGGAAUCUGAAGGCAAGCUAAAGGGAAUCCUUGGAUACACAGAGGAUGAUGUCGUCUCAACUGACUUCGUUGGUGACAGCAGGUCGAGCAUUUUCGAUGCCAAGGCUGGAAUCGCAUUGAGUGACAACUUCGUGAAGCUGGUGUCGUGGUAUGACAACGAAUGGGGUUACAGUACCCGUGUGGUCGACUUGAUCGUCCACAUGUCAAAGGCCUAAGCACAACAAGACCUCGAAUGAUGUUAGGAGGAUGAAGUUUCGUCUAUCGUCCCUGCUAAUGGUUUAAAUUUGUCGUUGUUUUGAAUAAAAUUUCUUGGGAUUUAAAUCUCUUUUUUUCAGUUUAAGCGAAUCUCCCUCAGAGUUUGUGAAGAGGCUCUUUAUGUUUGGCUUUUGAUUAUAUUGAGUUGUGUUUUACCAUUGAUUCUAAAACGUUUCGUAUGAUCGUAA